CCCAGCACCAGGCGGGGGUCACCAGUGGCUUUGUUCAGCGUGGGACAAAAACCACCCAGAUAUUCCUGUUUCUUCCAAAAAGGGGCUGGGACUGGCAGCACGGGUGUGCUGUAGCAGAGUCAGUGCCCUGGCAGGCUCUGGCACCCCGAGGCUGACGGUGGGAGGUGGCAGUGUGAGAGAUGUGGAGUGCCGGGACAGUGCUGGGGCAGGGAUCGUCCAGGGGAAAAUGCCACUGAGAGCUCAGUACUUGCCCCAGCAGGGUCCCAAACCGAGGUGCUGCAGGUCACACGUGCCCUCCAUCACCUGCUGCGGGCACCAUGCCUCGUUCCCUGCGGGUUUUCAGUCCCAUUGUCUCUCUCAUAGCCAGAACUGUCCUCCCCAGCGGAUCCGUGGUCGUCAACAGCUGCAGCAGUGCGGCUGAGCAGCUCUGUAACUUCGUCUGUGACUGCAGCGACUGCUCAGAUGAGAACCAGUGUGGGUACCUACGGGGCUCAGCAGUGCUGGGCACCCCCUUCACCUGUGACUUUGAGGACAGUGACUGUGGCUGGCAGGACGUGGGCACCUCGACAUAUGGAUGGGUGCGAGGCCGGGCCAGCCUUGCCAAGUGGGGCAUGGGGCCUCAUUCAGACCACACCGUGGGCACUGACCUGGGUUGGUUCUUGGUCACCAUGUCCCCCCCAGCAAAGACCACGGCCACAGCCUGGCUCAGGUCCCCGGAGAUGCGGGGAGCAGCUGCCGCAUGUGAGAUCAGAGCCUGGUAUCACCUCUCAGGGAGAUGUGAGAGCACCCAAGGGCUGAAGCAGACAGAGCGGCCGGUGCUGCGCCUGGCCGUGGCACACAGGGAUGGGGUGGUGGAGCUGUGGCAGAGCCCUGAGCACAGCAGGGAGGGCUGGCACCCGCUGGUUGCCUACCCCGGACGGAUCGUGGAGCAGUUCCAGCUCAUCUUCUCCCUGACACAACCACCCACCUGCGGGGCAGAGGUGGCGCUCGAUGACAUCGUGUUCAGGAACUGUGGCUUGCCAGAGGUCGGGCAGCAGGCCUGCGGGGCCCAGGAGAGCCGCUGCCGCCGCGGCUCCUGUCUGGCACAGCGGCGUUUCUGCGACGGCACCGACGACUGCGGGGACAGCUCGGACGAGGGCGCGGCACAGUGCAAGAACUUCACCCGCUGCUCCUUUGACUAUGAUCUCUGUGGCUGGGAGACGGCAGCCGGGCCAGCAGUGUGGGGCAGGAACACGAGCCUGAACCUGGGCACCUCCUACAGCAUUCCCACUCGGGACCACAGCAACAACAGCAGGGCAGGUUUUUUCCUCCAUGUGAGCAGUGACCCCACUGCACAAGCUGGUGGCGCAGCUCAGCUCAGCAGCCCCACCUUCCAAGCCACCAACUCCUGUUCUCUCGUACUGUACUGCCACCUCCAUGGCUCAGCCACCAGCAGCCUCAGCAUCUCCUAUGUGACCAACUCUACCAAGCACCUGAUGAGGGAAAGGACAGGAGACCUGGGCAGCUGCUGGGUCCGGGAGAGAGUGGACUUCAAUGUGACGGAUCCCUUCAAGGUGCUGAUCGAGGGGGUGGCUGGCAAUGGGGGGACCGUGGCUGUCGAUGACCUGAUCCUGUCUCAGGGCUGUGUGAAGGAGCAGGGUGAGCUGGUGGGCAGUGUCCCUCACUCUGGUCCAGUGCUGGCAGCUGUCCCAGAGAAGCCUCUGGUCACGCUGCCGAGCCAGGCACGUGCCGGCCCCUGCGCAGCAGACGAGGUGGCCUGUGGCAGUGGGGACUGCAUUGCUGCAGAGCUGGCCUGCGACUUCGCCCACACCUGCGCUGACGGCUCCGACGAGGAGCGCUGCGGGACAACAACCUUCGAGUCAGGGGCUGGGGGCUGGCACGACGUCAGUGUGGGGCGGCUGCGCUGGGCUCUGCAGAAGGUCACUGAAUCUGACAUCUUCCUCGCAGGGACUUUCCUGGCCCUCCAGACAGGAGAAGGACAGAUGGUGGGUCCUGCAAAGGCACGAUCGCCUCUGCUGGGCCCCUCUGGCCCUGCCUGCAGCAUGGAGAUGAGCUACCACAUCCACAGUGACCCCCAAGGCUUCCUUGCCAUCAGUGUCGCAGAUCACACCACUGGCAGCACCCAGCUGGUCUGGCAGACACAAGGUCGUGGCAGCACAACUGGGGGUCACGUCCGUGUCCCUCUGGGAGAGAGAAGCCGGCCCUUUCAGGUCGAGCUGCUGGCACUGGUGGAUCUCCAGGGCUCAGCCAGUGUCGGUGUUGACAACGUGACAUUCGAGCAGUGCUACCACGACGUGGUGACACCCACAGCUGCGGAGCUGUCCUGCAACUUUGAGAGGGGCAUGUGUGGCUGGUACCAGGAUCUGUCCAGUGACUUCAAAUGGGUCCACAGCACAGGGCAGGGACACGGCUCUGACCACACCACCGGCUCGGGCUACUUCUUGUCCGUGGACGCCUCUGUGCCGUGGAGCCACGGGCAGCGGGCGCUGCUCCUCAGCUCCCACCAGGAGCCGGCCGCUGCCCCUCGCUGUCUGUCCUUCUGGUACCGCCUGGCGGGCCCGCAAAUCGGCACCCUGAGCCUCAAGCUGUGGCCAGAGGGAGGAGAGGAGGACGUGCUGUGGACCCGCCGCGGAACCCAGGGCAGCAUCUGGCACCGGGCACGGGCGACACUGCCCUCCACGGGCCAGCGGCGGUACCGGGUGGCUUUCGAGGUGCUGCAUGACGGUUUCCUGGGGGACGUGGGGCUGGACGACAUCGCGCAGACAGCGGGACCCUGUGGGGCCGAGCUCUCCUGCUCCUUCGAGGCGGAGGGCUGUGGGCUGGCAGCCAGCGGAGAGGGCACCUGGCAGCGACAGAGCAACGGCACCGGCACCGCCGCCGGCCCUGCGGCCGACCACACCACCGGCACCGCCGCAGGCCAUUACAUGGUGGUGAACACGGGCAGGGUCUCCCUGCCUGCAGGGCACACGGCUGCCCUCACCUCCCAGCUCUACCAGCCCUCAGUGUCUGCCCAGUGCCUGGCCUUCUGGUACCAGCUGAGUGCUGGGACCCCAGGCUCCCUCAGGGUGUUCGUGGAGCAGAGCAGGGUGAGGAGGAAGGUUCUGAGCGUGAGCACCAUGGAAGGGAGCAGCUGGCACCGCAGCCAUGUCACCGUCCAGCCCGAUGGCGACUGGCAGGUGGUGUUUGAGGCAGUGGGAGCUGGGGGUGACCACGGGUACAUUGCACUGGACGACCUGCAUGUGUCGGAGGGAGCCUGCCCCAAGCCAGCAUCCUGUGACUUCGAGCAGGACACUUGUGGCUGGAGCAGCCCCUCGGACCCCCGCUUGCACAGCUUAGCCUGGGGCUGGAAGAGUGGGGUCACCCUGGCCAAGUACCCUGGCCCUGAGCAGGAUCACACCCUGGGUACAAGGAACGGUCACUACAUGCACUUUGACACCAGCGUGCUGGGUGCCAGGGGCACCAGUGCCCUGCUGGAGAGCCCACCCCUGCCUGCAGCCACCGACUCCUGCCUGCGCUUCUGGUACCACAUGGACAUCCCGGAGCACCUCUCCAGCGGGGAGCUGCGGGUGACGCUGCGCGGCGCGGGGGGACGGCGCACGGUGUGGAGCGUGCCGGGGCACCGCGGCCGGGGCUGGCGGGGCGCCGCGGUGCCGCUGCAGAGCCCCGGUGAGUUCCAGAUCAGCUUUGAGAUCACCACACGGAGGUGGCCGAUGGAGGGGACAGUGGCACUGGAUGACAUCGUGUACAGCGCCAGGGUGGGCUGCCAUUCCAGCCCGGAGAGUCCAGUGGAAGAGAAGCCCUCCGGCAGUUUUGUGGCAGAGGUGACGCUCAGUGUGCUCCUGGCCCUCGUCAUAGUGGUGCUGGGGGCUGCUGGGGGCUGGUGCUGGCUGAAACAGCGAAGGCUGGCGAGCAGGACACCGACAGAGAACAACAGUUCCCAGGGCUUCGACAACAUCACCUUCCGAGAUGACAAGGUCAUUAUAUCUCCACGGGAGGGCGAUGAGUCUUGAAAGCAGCAGCCAGCAGCAGGAAUUGCCUGCUCCCCCCGGGCAGACCAGCCCUCGACAGAACCCACACUCCAUCAGCUGCCCGCUCUCUGCCCCGGCACCAGGGGAGCCUGCCCCGCCCGGGGACACACCGCGGCCAUCGCCACCUCCAAGUG